AACAUUUCUCAACUUCAGCAUUCGAACUCCACAGAUUCCGAACGAGUGGAAGAAACUGUUUCGGUAAUCAUGGAAGAUAAUAAUAAUAUCUCUCAACUUCAGCAUUCGAACACUACAGAUUUCAACAGAAUGGAAGAAACGAUUUCGGUAAUCAUGGAAGGUAAUAAUAAUAUUUCUCAGCUUGGGCCUUCUAUCCUUCCUGCUGACGUUCAAGUGCAUAUUUGCAGUCCAUCAGUUCCCGUUGGGGAACUCCCUGUGGUUACACCUUUGAAAUCGAAGAAACGCAAAUGUUUUCUAGUCGGAUUUGUAGUGUGUUUGAUUUUGUUAGGAAUUUCGCUGGGUGUCUUGGCUUUUCUAUUUUUACGGAAGUGA